UGGCGGGCUUCCAAAAUAGCAUUCGCUUACAAAUAACUACAUGUCAGGUAUUGCGUAGUUUAAACUUUAUAAUGCUCAACCUUGAUAAACAGGCGUUAUGUGUUAUUGAUUUGAAUACUUUCGCUUUGCAGCAAUAAUGGGUAGCAUGUUUCAGUGAACCGUUAGAGCGCGGAUUUGUGAAUCAAAAGUAAUGACUUUUCAGGAAAAAUGCAAUAAUGGAGGAUGUGGAGUAAUGGAUCUGAUAACAACAAAUGUCUUCUGCAUGAUUGUUACGUUGAUCCAAAUGUGGACGGAUAAAGUGCACUCGCUUAUGCCGCAUUAUAGAAUCAUGGGCCAAUGUCCGGUACAGUCCUACUAUGACAUCACUGUGUCCGAAAAUGACAAAUGCAGUCCGUGCUCGAUUUGUUCAGAUGGGUUUCAAAUAAAAGAAAACUGCACGGCAACACGUGACACGGUUUGUAAACCCUGUGAACAGGGAACAUUCAAUGACGUCAUCGGCGGGGAGUGCCGGAAGUGCCGCGUAUGCAUACCAGGUCAGUACACCCAGCGUCAUUGUCGAGCGCAUAAAGACGCCAAGUGCCGAAGUUGUCCGAUGUUCACGUUUUCAAGCCGACCAAACGUCGGCGUCUGCCGAUACUGUAAGACUUGCUAUGAACACCAGACAGAGGUAUUAACAUGUAGGCGGAAUCGGGACCGGAAAUGCGGACGAUGCAUGACAGGGUUCUUUAGGAGAUCCGAUGGCGGCGGUUGUCUGCAGUGUCACCCGGAAGUCCAUGUGCCUAACUUUAAAGCGUGCUUGCAUAAUAAGGCUUUAGAUCUAGAUAAGACCUAUCCCCAAACGGAAGUUGCGGAGUUGCAUGUGCACCGCAAAGAAGGCAAUCAAGUGUAUGGUUCUUUUAUUACUACGACCAUUCUUACAACCACUGUCGAGGAUCUACCGGAUGACAUUUCAUGGCGUAUUGCGGCUGCAACCGGAAGCUUUGUUGCCAGUUUUAUUUUGCUCCUCAUUGGACUGUGUUUUUUCUUCAAAAUGAUAAAGAUCGACUUUCUUAGCAGCCCGCCGUAUGUCGUGCGCAUGUGAAGAGGGUGAUUUCAAGGGAUAUGGUGACAACACCACGUGAAGGCCUUAAGUAUAUAGGGAAUUGCAGCGUUUAUUUUAAUAAGUGACCAGAGCCUGAAAAGUAUUCUGGUAAAUUUUUGAAAAGAUUGGAGACGCGUUUUUAUCUGCCGCAACAUCGGAAAGCAUUUGUAGCAUUGACUUUGUGUUGGUCGAGCUGUUAUUUAUACAGUUCAGAUACGCAACGUUUCCAUGAUAUGUGUGAGCGGCAAACUCUUUUCCCAAUGAAAGAUUUUGACUUUUUUCAGUGUUGUGUGGUUACGGAUUUCAUAUGACAGAACAGGGUACUGAAUCAUGUUUAACGUUUAUGCAAAUAGCUUGGUGUGGUGUUCAUUAUUUUGUAUUAGUCUUUCUAUUAUUAUUCAACGUUAUGACGGUUCUUAACAUUGUGUAUAUUAUGUUAAUGAUUGCGAACAUGUUUAUUUAUGCUCGUUCGUUCGACGUCCAUUAGCAAAUUUAAUAACGUCGAUAUAUUUCAUAGUAGAUAACACUCUUUAGAGCCGCGUUCUGGGAAAACAGGUCAUAAUGCAUGCGCGUUAAGUGCCGUCCCAGAUUAGCCUGUGCCAUGCGCAUACGCUAAUCAGUGACGAUACUUUCCUGUCUUAUGGAAUGUUUCGUUUAAUGGAAGUCUGUUCUAAAAGAAAAUCUAGUUCAGGCGGAAAGUGCUGUCCAUGACUAGCAUGUGUUGACUAAACAGGCUAAUCUGGGAUUACACUUUACCCAUAUUUAUUAAGUCCAGUUUUCACAGAUUGUGCCCCAUUAUAUCGUUCAAUUUACAUAAAAUCAUUUAUCUUAUUAACUUCAUGUGGUAGAUACUCAUGUGGUAGAUAAUUUACAUACGUUGUAAAUAUCCUUUAAUUCGUGUUCAGCGAAUCGCAUAAUUAUCGUGCACAAAUUCGUAUUUCUCAAUCGCUAACUUUGCGACUGAAACCAUGAUAUUGUCAAUAUUAUUUGUUAUUAUUUUCUCAUUUGUUAUGGUCACUUUACAUGCUUUUUCGUGUAAUAUGUUUAAUGCAAAAUAUUUUCUUGUUGCGUUUUGACAUUAAACUAAAACACUUA